CGAGCGCUCGGUCUUUGCUGGUUAAACAGUAACAGACAUUCCAUGCUCCGUUCGUAAACGAGAAAUUGCAUAACACGGAAAGCACGUGCUAUCCGUGGGUUCGCCACGGUCGAUUCGCGAUCGGCUUAUACCGAGGUUCAGUGCAACCAAGUGCAACCGAGCCGAGUUAGCUGGACACCGAGGCAACGUGCACACGACUGUACGCACGCCGAGUACCAAGUAUCCGUUGCGUACGUAAGAAAGCGAAUCAAGCGGCGAGCCGUGGAUAAGUCGGGAGGCAGCAUCCCGUGAACGUUGAGCGCGUUAUGCUCCUCUGCGAUCCGAUCGUCCGGUUAAAAGGCUCGUGUGUACGAUCCCGAGGCGGGGACGCGUGUUCAAGAGAGUAAGACCACCGGGCACAAAUUCGAUUUCGCUUCGAGGCACGGAGAACGGGCAGUGGAUAAACACGGGUAGAUGCUAGAAUCAGGUUGCAAGUGGCACGUGCGCACCGUACGUCGGUGUAGUGUACACGCGCUCGAUCGCCCGGUCGAUUCGAUCCGGUGAUUCCGGUUGCUUAAACUGUUCGCAUCGAGAAGAAGAAAUCGAGGAAGCGGAACACGGGACUAGCGGUGUAGAAGAAACAGAGGUACUAGGAGGCAAAGGAGAAUAACAGGAGGAGAAGAAGAAGAAGCAGGGUAGCAAGGAACGCGGUGGUCACGGGGGGACGAUGAGCGACGGGAUAGUCGGUGCCAUCGCGAUCAGUCUGUUCGGCAGCGAGAAGAAACGUCGGGACAGCAUGGACGCCGGUUACACGAUCCUUGGCAACGACGUCGACGUAUGCAGAAUGUUCGACCAGUUCUCCUACAAGAGGAACGAGGGUCUCGACUUUUCGCUGAACGUCCCGCAGCAUCAUCAUUCGACGUCGUAUCAACACAGCGGCUACGCCAUGGCUGAUCAGACGUUUCACACACCCAGUUUCGGCGACGAGGACUUUGACAUACCCGCGAUUCACCCGCACUCGCAUCAGCAUCAUCAUCAACAACAACAGCAGCAGCAGCAGCAGCAGCAGCAGCAACAGCAACCGCAACCGCAACAAUCUCAGCACGACCCGAUGCACGGGUACCAAGCACAGAUGAUGCAAACCGGAAGUGUCCAGCAAUCACCGGAUGGUUUGACCCUUGACCCGGGUGGAUACCAGCAGUCGCUCUAUAUGCAACAGGAACACUCGAUGCAACCGAUCAGCGUCAGCUCGACGUACAACAGUUCGCAAGGUUCAUACGCGAGUAUGAAUUCUCCGCGACAGCAGCAUGGAAAUCAGCAAAUGAUGAUACUUCAACAGCAGCAGCAGCAGCAACAACAGCAACAGCAACAACAGCAGCAGCAGCAGCAACAAAUGCACAUGCAGUACAUGCAUUCUCAGCAGCAGCAGCAACAGCAACAGCAGCAGCAGAUGCAACAGCAGAUGCAGUACAGGAGCCCGACGGGCGGCAGUCCGUCGGCGAUACAGCAGAAUACUCUUCCGGAAGCGAGCAAUACUACCACCAGCGAAGAUAGCGACGACAGUACUCCCCAUUCCGCAAUGUUGCGAUCGUGCGUCCAGGUCACAGGGAUUAAGCGGCCGUCGCCGGAACCGGCCGAUGUCGGAACAAAGAAUCAGAGAAAACCAAAGUCGCAGAAGAAAAAGAAGAAGAGGGAUCCUAAUGAACCGCAGAAACCUGUCUCGGCGUACGCUCUGUUCUUCCGCGACACGCAGGCAGCGAUCAAAGGGCAGAACCCGAACGCUAGUUUCGGCGAAGUCUCUAAGAUCGUGGCUUCGAUGUGGGACGCACUGGACACCGAGCAUAAGAACGUCUACAAGAAGAAAACCGAAGCCGCAAAGAAGGAAUAUCUGCAGGCCCUCGCGGCAUACAGGGCGUCCCUCGUCAGUAAAGGCGCUGCCGAGAGCGAGCAGCAGCAUCAGCAGCAUCAACCUCAACAGCAGCCGUCGCCGCAGCAGCAAGUUCAAUACGCAGCGUACGGGAAUUACGCUGGAAACGGUACGCCUGGGACCAUUUCGUAUCAGGUGUACAGCCCUCAACCGCAACCUCCGUCGCCUCAGCAGCAGCAUCCGCAUACGCAUCCGCACCAGCAGCAGCUUCAACAUCAUCAGCAAACGCAACAGAUGCAGGUGAAAAAGUCUCCCCAUCACUUGACUAUGCAAGGAAAUCCUCAGCAAGCGCAGCAGACUAUGAUGACGACUUCGAUGACGCAUAUGUCACAGCAGCAGCACAUGCAGCAGCAAGUUUCCCAACAGCAGUACAUGCAGAUGUCGCAGCAACAAGUGCAACAGGUGCAACAAUCACAGCAGCAGCAGCACCAACAAUCCCAACAGCAACACCAGCAGCAGAUGAUGCACACGAGUCCUCCGAAAACCGACUCGUUGUCGAGUCCUCCGCCGGUGGUGAACUCGACGAGCAUAGCCGGUCAGCGACAAACGUCGAACGCCUGCAUACGCCACGGGUGCCCGAAUCCGGCGGUGGCGAACAGCGAGUGGGAGGAUGAAUACUGCAGUAACGAAUGCGUGGUCAGCCACUGCAGGGACGUGUUCACCACGUGGGUAUCGUCGAAUCAAAACGCCCAACAGAACUUCUCGACGGUGAAAUAAGAUGGGAAACGAAAUGAUCGUCCGAAGGGUUUCCUAACGUAUAUUAUACACGAACAACUCGAGAAUUUGUACAUACACCCAUCUCGGCGAGAAGGUUGUUUGACGUCAGAUCGAACAGUCGAUUGUAUCGUUCGCUAUAGGUUUCGUUCGAAAGACUGCCUGCGUAGCAGCGCGACGCUCGUCGACGCGGAGACCGUCGCUCUACUUUUCCACUGAUCAACGAGUCACUCGUUUUUUAACGCCGGGACGAGCGACGUCGCUGCGUGACCGCGAAAGAGUAUUAGAAUCGCCAAAGUAGCCGAUAAAAUCGAGCUGUAGUUCAGAGAAACCGAUUGCCUCGUUGUCGUAAUCGAAUUACCAAGUAAUCGGAUCCGCGGGUGGGUGAGCGAGGCGGUCGCGUUCCUCGAACGUUUAGUUAGGGACCGUUUAACGAUAGAUCAAAGUAAUUUCAUAGGAGUAUAUUCGCAAAAUUAGAAGUACGUACCUAUUUAAAAUCUGAAUCCGCGUGGCAUCGUAUAAGUAUCUCGCGAACUUAUUUAUCUCGCUACGCGACGAAUUGAGAUUCUACGCCCGUUGGAUCAUCGGGACUUGGUGUAUAGUACGAUGUUCACGUCUGCUGGUGGUGAAACGGUGCGGGAGGUAACGGAGGAAAACGAAGUUUGAUCGUCACGAGCAGUAAUCGAUGACGCAACUUAUUUUUGUAUAAUUUUACAAAUUAUCGAAGAGUCGCGCUAGUGAUUCGGAGCGAAAUUGGAGAAGUACAGAGAGAAAGGGAGAGAGUGAAUGUUGCGAAAGACGAGCGCGACCGCCGUAGAAAUUAUCAUCUACUCGUCUGGUCGGUUCAAUGAUUUUAUACGUUCGCGUUCGCUCUUUCGUUGGUAUCGUAUUUUCUCAACGCGCGACGUUCACCGAACAAGUUGCGUUCUGAACGAGUUUUAGUUAGGGACAGACGAUAUGUCUCUGCAGAGCACAGCUUGUACCAGUUUCCAUCGCGAUCGAAACGAUUAUCGAACGAGAUUGACUUCUUUGACGCCGAGUAAAUACAAAUCAAAUUACGUUCCUAAUCGAUCGCUCCACAAUCUUUCACUGAAAUUUCCAAGUAUCUCUCGCUUACGUGCUCUUCGUCAACUUCUUUGACGACGACUUCCCGUCUCGAGAAACGGUGUGAAGUUUUGCGCGUCCAACAAGAAUCCAUCAGUUUUUCAAAGGAAGAUCUUUUCUUUUCGAUCACACGGAAUCCUGUACAUAGUAACGAGUGGGAGGAAGGAAAUAUUCCAUAGCUCUGUAAGUCUCUACAAUGUAAACAUAAUCGACAUAGUGUAACAUAUUGAUCCACACGUACACGUAAACGUAUGUCAUAUAGGAUCACAUAUAUAUAAAUAUAAAUAAUAUAAAUGUAAAAAAAAGUACGAUCGGGUCGAGAAAACCGGCGAGGUCGUGCGUACAUGUAUACGUAUACGCGUAUGUAUAUAUAUAUUUACAUAUGUAUAUGCACGAGCGAUAAGACGAAACGCGUUAGUCUCGCGGAUCGUUCCCGGAUGUAAAACUCUAUAAGCGUAGACGAUUAAUAGAUUGGUCUGGAAAUUGGUCGAACAGAGUGAGAGCGUGGCAAGUUUUCCAGGUUUAUUUAGGCGCAAUUGCGAACGUAAAAUAUAUACAAAAAGAAAUGUAUACUGUGUGAAAGAGGGGAGGAAUCAGAAAAAAAAAGAUAGAGAAAAGUCGAAGAGAGAGAGAAAAGAAAAUAAAAUUUAAAAGAUAUCCAACCAAAUAUGAGAGAGUACGCGUUAACGCGUUGUCACCCUCGUGUUACCGCAGGCGGGAGAAACGAUUCGGUUCUAUCCUACCUGCUUGUGGAACAGAGUCCGAAAGAGAUGGAAAACGGUGGGGAGGCGAACUCUUGACCUACACUACGUAAACCGGAACCAGCCGUCUCGGAUUCCUCUCGGCCCGUUUCCUACGGGAGUCGACACUCCAGUUAGGACGGAGCCGGCUGGAAGGAAUACGAUCAGAUGAGAGAUGCACUCAUUGGUAUACGUAACACAAUGACUAUAGUUUUUAUUUAAAAUUACUUUACGAGGUACAUUUAUAUACAUAAAAAAUGUAUGACUGAUACAUUUAAGCUUACGCAAAUAUGGACAUAUCCGUACACGUGCAAUAACGUAAUCGUAACAAUUUUCCUUACGUUUUCAUCCUUUUACAUUUUACUUCUUUCAGCUUUUAGUUUUCAUUUCGCAUAAAUCCUGUUCUCUCUCGAUCAACGUUAGAAAUCUUUUUUUCUCGAUGCGAUGUGAUACGAUACGAUCAAUUCAACGACUUUAUACCUAACAUGGUAUCGCUCUUUUACAAAGCGACACCGGAAUGUUGCAAGUUCUCCUUUGCCCGAAACACGAAUAAAUUUUUUUCUCGCAAAUAACGUCAACAACAAUUUCGUAACGGGUCGCCGUGCGAGAUCUUAGAAUCGGUCGGCGAAACGAGUCAUGAUCGGUCGAGUCAGAUAAUGGUAAAAAAGAAAGGAGGAAAGGACAGAAAGAAAGGAGAGAACUCAGUAGACGGGAUAAAUAAUGAGUGAUUGCGAGCAGGAGAUCCAAAAUAAAUAGGGGUAACGCGAAUCGACCGAAAAUAAUGUUUCGCGCCUCGAUGCUUCCAAAAACUUUUUGGUAAAAACGUGGGACGAUACACGACGAACACUUGAGAUUCUUGCGGACACGUAGACAUACAAAGUACACAUGUAUUUUUGUUUGUACUCGACACGCUUCCUCCCUCUCUCUCUCUCUCUCUCUCUCUCUCUCUCUCUCUUGCAUGCUGCAUACACGAAAGACCACACGAGUACUUCUAUAACAGUUCGAUCCGCGUGCCGCAACCUUCGACGCGCAACACGCGUCCGGCGGCAGGUUCACAGAAACAAUUUGUCGAUCGACAGAUUUCACUCGCAUUCCUUUUUUUCGUAAAAUGCACGACACAAAAAUAAAUGCUCCUAUUUCGAUUA